AUGACUUUUUCCUUUGAGUUAUUGAAUUUGAGACCAACACUAAUGAGAUUUGAUAUUUGGCCUUUUGUCAUUGGUUAUUUGGCUCUGUACUCUUGGUGGAGUACAUUAGAUGAAGAAGCUCCAGUUGAAACAAAUCCAUUAAUGGAAAAAAUAAAUAAAGCCACAUUCUAAGGAGCUGAGAGUACAUUUUAUCUUAUUAUGUAGUUUAUAAUGAUGAAGUAUAUUAUGAAUCAAUGGAAAAUAUUUAUGCUAGAUUAACUUUUAUAGGAUUAGUGUUUUUUCAUUCAUUAACAUAUAUGAGUUCGUUUUGGUCUGUGUAGAUGAAGUCUAAAAUUAGAUAUUAUUCAGGGGGGAACAAACUCAGUUUGAAUAAUGUUAAAAAUUACAAAUUUUGCAAAAUCUAAUUUGUUAAACAACAAAAAUCUUAUAGUGAUAUAGUGACAAUACAUUCUGAUUAAACAAAUAAAUAUUGGAUCUAUUUUAUGGAAAACAAGUAUUUUUAUGAUGAGACAAAAGAAUCAUUUAUAAGAUUGAAACCAAAUGUUAAAUUUAAUUUAAAGAAUUUAGAAAAUCAUGAAAAAUUAGAAGAAUACGAAAAGAAUUCCUUACUUAUACCAAUGAAGAAAUUCAAUGAAGUGUUAAAAGAGUAAUUAAUGGAACCAUUUUCAUUCUUUCAAAUAUUUAGUGUUUCCUUAUGGUUAUUAGAUGAGAGUAGGAUUUAUGCUCUAUUUACAUUAUCUAUGCUUUUUGUUACAUCCUGUACGGUAGUUAUACAAAGAAUGAAAACAAUGUUGACUCUUAGAUAAAUGAAAUUAAAUCCACAAUUAAUUACUGUAUACCGCAAAAAAUAAUGGAUAAAGAUUUCCUCUGAAUUAUUAGUUCCUGGUGAUAUAGUAAUAUUAUAAACAGCAGAAUAAAUCAAACCUGCUGCUAAAGAAAAUAAUAAUGAUGAUGAACAAUUUUUAAGAUAGUAGAUUCCAUUUUCACAACAUUUACCACCUAAAUUAUUUUAAGUUGAAACCAUGAAUGUAGACUCUUACAAAUCUGUUCCAUGUGACAUACUAUUAUUAAAUGGUUAGGUAGUAGUUAAUGAAUCCAUGUUAACUGGUGAAAGUGUUCCAUAAGUUAAGGAAGGAAUCAAUUAACAUUAAAAUGAAUAAUUGGAUAUCAAAAAUAAACAUAAAUCAAAUGUUAUAUUUUGUGGAACUGAAAUCAUUCAAUUAUAAGGUAAUACACAAUAUCCAUCUCAUAUCAAUAAUGAUUAAAAGCAAUCUCAUUGUUUAGGUUUAGUAUUAAGAACAGGAUUUGAUACUGCAAAAGGUAAGUUGAUAAAGACUGUAUUUUACAAUAAUGAAAAUGCAAAUGUUAAAUAAACAGAUGGACUAUUUAUAGUAGUAGUUUUACUUAUCUUUGCCUUAAGUGCAAGUGCAUAUGUUUUAAUGAAUGGACUUUAAGAAGAAUCUAGAAAUAAAAAUAAAUUAUUUAUACGAUGUAUAUUAAUUGUAACUACUGUUGUUCCACCUGAAUUGCCUAUGAUUUUAUCAAUAGCUGUUAAUUAAUCUUUAGCGUUAUUAUAAUUGCGAAAGAUCUUUUGUACAGAACCUUUCAGAAUUCCAUUGGCUGGAAAAGUUGAGGUUUUGGCUUUUGAUAAAACAGGUACAUUAACUAAUGAUACUUUGGUGUUCUCUGGAAUUGUAGAUAAUUGUAUUAAUAGAAGUUCAAAGUCUAAAAGUGAUUGUUCCUUAUAUUGCUAAUAAAUUUUGGCAGGAUGUCACCAAUUAAUAUAUGCUGAUAAUAAAUUGUAAGGUGAUCCAAUUGAACUCUUAUUUUUUUAAUAAAAUAAUCAAUGGAAUUAUUAAACAUAACAGAAGUAUGCUUAAAAUAAGGAUUUAGGCCUAUCACUUUAUUAAUAAUAAGUAUUCUCAUUCAAAAGUGAUUUAAAAAGAAUGAGCACUGUCGUAUAGGUUGAUUAGAAGGGUCAAAGACAUUAUAGACUAUUAGUUAAAGGUGCUCCUGAAGCAUUAUAAUAACUAUUUUAAGAAGUCCCAGAUGAGUAUGAAUACUGUUAUUAACAUUAUUCAAAUUUAGGAUAUAGAGUCCUAUGUUUGGCAGACAGAGAAAUUGAAUAAUAUGAGAAUUAAGAGAGGGAAGAAUUAGAAAAGAAUUUAGUAUUCCGCGGAUUUCUAAUAUGUGAAUCUCCAUUAAAGACUGACACUCAAUAAUGGAUCCAAAAAUUCAAAUCAAGUUAUUUUCAACCAAUCAUAAUUACAGGAGAUAAUUUACUUACUGCAAUUGCAGUAGGUAAAUAAUUAAAAUUAAAUGAUAAUUAAAAAACUUAUAUUUUAGAUUAUCAUGAUAAUAACUAUGUAUUAAUUGAACAUGGUACUAAAAAUACAAAAGUAUUGAAUAAUUUAGAAAAAGAAAUCACAAAAUCAGAAGGUAUGUUGUGUAUAUCUUCAUCAAUUAUGGAAAAAUUAAUAGAUUAAAAUCUAAUAAAAUUGAUAAUACACUUUUCUAUAUUUGCAAGAAUGUCACCAAAAUAAAAAGAAACUAUUGUUAUUCAGUUUAAAAAGCAAGGUAAAGGUGUAUUGAUGUGUGGAGAUGGUACAAAUGAUGUUGGAGCAUUAAAGAAGGCAGAUGUUGGAAUAGCCUUAGUUACAAAUUAGGGAGAAGAAUAGAAAGAAGAGGAUGAAGAGGAGGAAGAGAGAAUUGCAAACUUAUCAUUUACAGAAUAAAUGUAAUAAGUUAAAAAAUAGUAAGAAGAGUUAAGAAAGAAAAUGAGUGAAGCUAAAGGAGAUAAGGAGAAGAUGAAAAAUAUUGCUAAUUAACAUAUGCAAUAAUAAGCAGCUGGAUUGUUUGAUAUGGGACCAAGUUAUAAAUUUGGUGAUGCUUGUAUUGCUGCCCCUUUUACAUCAAAAAUGUCAACAAGUAUUAGAUGUGUUCAUACUAUUCUAAAAUAAGGAAUCUGUACUUUAGUGACUACAAUUUAAACUUAUAAGAUUAUGGCAUUAUAAAGUGUAUUAAAUGCAUAUUCUUUAAGUGCUUUACAUAUGUAAUCAUUGAAAAUGAGUGAAACUUAGAUGACUUUAAUGGGAAUCUUAGGUGCUGCAUAUUAUUUUUGUUAUUCUUCUGCUAAACCUUAAAGAAACUUAUCUAAAAUAAAACCAAGUUUUUCAAUUUUUGAAUUUUCAUUUUUCAUUUCAUUAACACUCUAAGUCAUUUUGCAUGUAUGGUCUAUGCACUAUGCCAUUCAUCAUAUAGCCAUGCCAAAUAUGACUGAAUUAGAAAAGGAAAUAAAAAACGAUACUGAAUUUAAACCUACAUUUUUGAAUACAACAGUGUUUUUGUUACAAUUAUUGCAAUAAAGUUGCAUAUUUUUAUUUAAUCAUCCUGGAGAACCGCAUAUGCAAAAGAUUAAUGUGAAAUCUAAAUUUUUCAAAAGCUUAGUAAAAAGUUUUAAUUAUAUUUUUUUAGUUUAUUCCUCUUGUUUUGUGUAUAAUAUCAGCAUUUAACUAUAGUGAAAUGUUGAAUUCUUAUCUUGAACUAACAUUUCCAUCAAGUGAAGAACCAAGUGUACAAUUAACUAUGUUGUGUGUAUUUGUCACAAUAACUAAUUGGUUAAUUGAAAAAGGAACCAAAACAUUGAAAUAUAAAAAAUGGUAUGGAUUUAUAUGAU